UGGUUGUAUUGUACGGUGAGGUGAUUGUCAACUUCUUUUGGCUGGUCAUUUUUAUUUUAGGGCAUACGUGGUUAAAAAUUAGUUAAUAAACCACCGGUAGUUCGUGAUUCCUUUAAAAUAAUAUGUUUUAAUCCAAUAAAAACUUUUCCUGCAUCAAUAAAACUUAGUCAUGAGUGCUUUAAGGAAGCUUGUUACCUGCAUUUUGUUGGGUGUUUUCUGCUUCACAUUUACGGAUUCCUCUAAAAGCUAUCCAAUUACCACCCUUAUCAACGCGAAAUGGGAACAAACGCCUUUGUACCUAGAAAUAGCGGAAUAUCUAGCCGACGAAAAUCCUGCCCUCUAUUGGGACUUCCUUAGAGACAUUGCUGCAUUAGACGUUCCCCUAGCGCAAAUAGAUACCGAAUCAAAGCAGUACAUCACAUCAAUGAAUGUGGUCAAAAAACUACUAGGCAGCUCUCAGAUUUCUUUACUUAAACUAGCUGUGUCUCUGCACAGCCUUACACCUCGAAUUCAAGCGCAUUUCCAAAUUGCCAAGGAAGUAAUUGCGAACGGAGAUUGCAUGACAGGCAAUUUUGCGACGGUUAACAAUGAAAUUGCUUGCAGCGUUGAAGAAAUGAGGAGCAAAAUUAAGCUCAGUACAUCGGGAAAUGAAGAAGAAAACAUGAGCUACGGCUUUGAUCAUGUAUAUCCUGGAUCGGAGAAUGCAACUGGCAAGGUAGUUGUCUUCUACGGGGACAUAGGUUCGAAAGAGUUCAGGGCAUUUCACAAGGCACUUGAAAAACGAGCAAUGAAGGGCAACAUUAAGUACAUAAGUCGUCAUUUCUUGAUAAACCCAUCGUUUAAAAAAGUUCGACUAUCUGGAUAUGGCGUGGAGCUGCAUCUCAAAUCGACUGAGUACAAGAGCCAAGAUGAUUCACAAAAAGUUGUUGACGAAGAUGUCAAAAUGAACGAACCAGGAGAGUCUGAAGUAGACGGAUUCGAUUUUAAAGCAUUAAAAGACAAGUUUCCACAUCUUUCCAUCAACCUUGAAAAGCUUCGAAACAACUUGCUUGAAAAAAGCGAAGAAAUUGCCCCAUUGAAAGCAUGGGAAUUCCAAGACCUUGGCUUACAGGCAGCUCAGCGAAUUGCUGAAAUACAGGGUGAUGAGGCGCUCCAGAUUCUCCAGUUUACAGCACAGAAUUUCCCAACGCAGGCAAAGAGUCUUUUGCCACAAACAGUAACUGACGACCUGCGCCAAGAAAUCAAACACAACACGGAAGUGUUCGGUAGAACUCUGAACAUUGCUCCACCAGACGGAGCUUUGUUUGUCAACGGAUUAUUCUUCGAUGCCGAUACCCUUGAUCUAAGUGCGCUCAUGGAAACGUUUAGAUCAGAAGUUCGAGUGCUCGAAAACCUCUACAGAAACAACAUUGAAGGUAAAGUAGCGUCUUCUUUGUUAACCUUGGACCUCUCCAGCUCGUCGACUAAAGACUUUGCUAUUGACAUCCGAGAUACCGCCAUUUUGUGGGUUAAUGAUAUGGAAAACGAUGUUCAAUACCGUCGCUGGCCUGCGAGUGUUAUGGAUUUGCUCCGGCCAACCUUCCCCGGAAUGUUGAGGAACAUAAGGAAGAACGUUUUUAAUUUGGUUUUAGUCAUCGAUCCAUUAGAUCCUGAUAGUCGGUCAAUAGUCAAACUAGCCGAAAGUUUUGUAAUUCAUCUCGCACCGAUUCGAUUGGGUUUGGUAUUCGAUACGAGACAAGAAACACAAGAAACUUCUGCUGAUUAUUUAUCUAUGUUCUGUGCAUACAACUACGUCUCUCAGAAAAAAGACCCUCGUGCGGCCCUUAGCUUUUUAACCGAUGUAUUUGCAUCAGUGAAAUCAAACAAAAGAAUCACCCAAAGAGAUAUUCGCGCUCAGAUCAGAUCCACAUUCGAUAAACUAUCAGUUUCAGAACUCGAGGAAAUUCUAACCGAAGACUCAGACUAUGACUAUGGCCGCAAGCUGUCUGAAGAGUUUGUAGAACGACUCGGAUUCAAAGAGGCACCUCAAGCACUUUUGAAUGGUGUUCCUAUGCAAAAAUCCCUCCUGACUCCGGAUGAGUUCGAGGAGACUAUUUUAACGGAAAUCAUUCAACAGACCACGAAUUUGCAAAAGAGUGUGUAUCGAGGUGACUUGACUGACGGUGAAAAUGUCAUGGAUUAUCUAAUGAACCAGCCGCAUGUCAUGCCGCGUCUCAACCAGCGCAUCCUUUCAAGUGAAGAUGUCAAGUUCUUAGAUUUAACCGGAAACGCUAAUAAAGACAUUGCCAAUGUGAAAGUGUUGGAGCGGCUGUCGAAUCGUGAUAUGACUGCAACUUUGAUGGAUAACUUGAAAUAUUUCACAGGAAAGCACUCAUCAGAGAAAAUUGGCCAAAAUGAUGUACAUUUCCUAACUUUGUGGGUUUUUGCCGACUUGGAUACUCAAGAAGGAAGAGAUCUUUUGUCUAGUGCCUUAAAAUACACGAAAUCAACAACAAGUGCUCGUGUUGCUUUCAUUCCGAACGUGGAAGGUGGUCAAAUGUCUAAAAAGGAUAAUCUAAAUAGGCUGGUAUGGGCUCUAUCACAAACCGUUGGUGGAUCUAAUGGCUUGGAGGUGGCUCUGCAAUGGUUAAAAACACCAAAGGGACCAUUCAAUGAUGUUCCCGCACCAGUGCAAGAAAUCAUUGGAUCAACGGAAUUGCAUUUGAAGAUGUUACGUGUUUACAGUCAACGGGUUGUAAAUAUCAAAAAAUCGGAUCGCUUAGUGAUUGCCAAUGGAAAGAUCUUUGGUCCCCUAGAGAAGCAAGAACAAUUUAAUAUUGAAGACUUUGGUCUGGUAGAUCGUUGCAAUACUCAUCAAUAUGGAGAUAAAAUUAGGAAAGCCUUACAAAACAAUCAAGACGAAGAUUUUGAAAUCUCGAGUGACACCCUUUUGAGGAUAUUGUCAACUUUAUUGCCAAGAGAGACAAAAACGCGAUUCAAUAUUCCACAAGAUGUGAAGGAAAAUCACUCUGUCGUUAAAUUGCCUGCCAAAGAUCCAAAGCAAUCACAAUUUGACAUUGUCGCUGUUAUAGAUCCGGCGUCCAGAAGUGCCCAGAAAUUAUCAUCCAUAUUGGUCUUGCUUCGUAAUACUAUAAAUUGUCAAAUGCGCGUGUUUAUGUUGCCGGUUGCGCAACAUAGUGACAUGCCAGUUAAAAAUUUCUAUCGAUAUGUGGUUGAACCAGAAAUUCAGUUCUUGCCAAAUGGUAAACAGACCGAGGGACCAAUUGCCAAGUUUAGUGGAUUGCCGGCUAAUCCAUUGCUUACACAAAACUUACAGGUACCAGAAAAUUGGCUAGUUGAGGUUGUACGUGCGGUGUACGAUCUUGACAACAUUAAGUUAGCUGAAAUCGGGGGACCAGUGCAUAGUGAAUUCGAAUUGGAAUACUUGCUUUUGGAGGGUCAUUGCUUUGAUUCGAUGACGGGAGCACCACCGAGGGGACUACAAGUGACUUUGGGCACCAAAGACAAUCCUACAAUGGUCGAUACAAUUGUUAUGGCAAACUUGGGUUACUUCCAAUUGAAAGCCAAUCCUGGAAUCUGGGAGUUGCGAUUGAGAGAUGGCAAAAGUUCAGAGAUCUAUGAAAUAUCAAAUGCUGAAGGUCCAAACACGAUCCACACAAACAACUUGACUCGCGUCAUGAUCAGUUCUUUGCGAUCACAUGUGAUUAAGCUUCGUGUAGCGAAAAAACCUGGCAUGACAAACAUAGACCUACUGGGCGAUGAUGAAGAAGGAAACAAAGGCAUUUGGAAUUCGAUAACAAGUUCUUUCAGUUCGGCUUCUGCUGAUUCCGAUUCGGAAACUAUUAACAUUUUCUCAGUUGCAUCUGGGCAUUUGUAUGAAAGGCUUCUUCGGAUCAUGAUGGUUUCUUUGAUGAAGCAUACGAAAUCUCCAGUUAAAUUCUGGUUCUUAAAGAACUAUUUGUCUCCACAAUUUACUGACUUCUUGCCACACAUGGCAAAUGAGUAUGGGUUCCAAUAUGAAUUAGUACAAUACAAAUGGCCAAGAUGGCUCCAUCAGCAAACUGAAAAGCAGAGGACCAUUUGGGGUUAUAAAAUCCUCUUCCUAGAUGUUCUGUUCCCGCUUAAUAUUCGCAAAAUUAUAUUUGUUGACGCAGAUGCUAUUGUUCGUGCAGAUAUGAAAGAACUAAACGAGUUGGACUUAAAUGGAGCUCCUUAUGCCUACACUCCCUUCUGUGACUCCAGAACGGAAAUGGAGGGUUUCCGCUUUUGGAAACAGGGCUACUGGCGCAGCCACCUAAUGGGCAGACGAUACCACAUUUCGGCCUUGUAUGUAGUCGACUUAAAGAGAUUCCGAAAAAUAGCGGCUGGAGAUCGCUUGAGAGGCCAGUAUCAAGCCUUAAGUCAGGAUCCCAACAGUUUGUCCAACCUGGAUCAAGACUUGCCGAAUAACAUGAUCCAUCAAGUUGCUAUCAAAUCACUACCUGAUGAAUGGCUCUGGUGCCAAACUUGGUGCAGCGAUAAGUCUUUCAAAAAAGCGAAAGUCAUAGAUUUGUGCAACAAUCCACAAACAAAAGAAGCAAAGCUAACAGCUGCCGAACGUAUUGUCCCUGAAUGGAAAAACUACGAUCUCGAAAUAAAAAAAUUAUUGGCGAAAGUUGAAUAUCACGAGAACAUUGAACGAGAUGAAAAUCACGAGGAUAGUGAAGAGAAUGACGUUGUAAUUCAUGUCGAAUACGAGGACGAAGAAGAAGACCACUUUCCAUCAAAACAAGAAGACUCACAUCCAAACGAACAUAGCGAAUUGUGAUGAAACUAAAAUUAAAACUCCAGCUCAUACACAUCCCUCAAUUAGUAUAAAUCUGAAAUCUUUAAGAAUAAAUCAAAAAAAGAAAAACUCAAAACUUUGUAUUCGUGAGUUAAAGAUCACAAAAAAAAAAUAUUCAUUUUUUUAUUAACACUU